CCCUGUGUCUCUGGUGGUUUGCCUAAACCUACAAAUAUCACCUUCUUAUCCAUAAAUAUGAAGAACGUCUUACAGUGGAAUCCACCAGAGGGUUUACAAGAAGCUGAAGUUACUUACACUGUGCAGUAUUUCAUAUAUGGACAAAAGAAGUGGCUGAAUAAAUCCGAAUGCAGGAAUAUUAAAAGGACCUACUGUGAUCUUUCUGCUGAAACUUCUGACUACGAACACCAGUAUUAUGCCAAAGUUAAGGCCGUUUGGGGAACAAACUGUUCCAAAUGGGCUGAAACCGGGCGAUUCUAUCCUUUCUUAGAAACACGAAUUGGCCCACCAGAGGUUGUUCUGACUACGGAUGUGAAGUCCAUUUCUAUUGUCCUGACGGCUCCCGAGAAGUGGAGGAGAAAUCCAGAAGAUAGUCCUGUUUUCAUACAACAAAUAUACUCCAAUCUGAAGUACAAUGUGACCGUAUAUAAUACUAAAUCAAAUAGAACGUGGUCCCAAUGUGUAACCAACCACACGCUGGUGCUCACCUGGCUGGAACCAAACACUCUGUACUGCGUCCACGUGGAGUCCUUCGUCCCGGGGCCUUCUCGCCGUGCCCAGCCUUCUGAGAAGCAGUGUGUCAGGACUUUGAAAGAUCAAGCAUCAGAGUUCAAGGUUAAAAUCAUCUUCUGGUAUGUUUUGCCCAUAUCUGUUACCGUGUUUCUUUUUUCUGUGAUGGGCUAUUCCAUCUACCGAUAUAUCCACGUUGGCAAAGAGAAACAGCCAGCAAAUUUGAUUUUGAUUUAUGGAAAUGAAUUUGACAAAAGAUUCUUUGUGCCUGCUGAAAAAGUCGUGAUUAACUUCAUCACCCUCAAUGUUUUGGAGGAUUCUAAAAUUUCUCAGAAGGAAACAGGUGUACUGGAAAAAAGCAGUGAUGCAUCCAACCUUGAUGAUCCCAAGCCCGGUGGGAACCCUGAGCUCCCUCCCAAGGAAAUGGAGGUGAAACAGUUAGGGUAUGCUUCACAUUUGGUGGAAAUUUUCUGUGACUCUGAGGAAAACACCAAAGGAACCUCCCUCUCCCAGCAAGAGUCACUCAGCAGAUCAAUACCCACAGAGAAAAUAGUCACUGAAUAUGAAUAUGAUGUAAGAACCACCAACAACUGUGUGGGGCCCAAAGCACAAGAGCUCAAACUGCGGGAGGAGGUGUCUAUACAAGGAAACUUAUUCAAGCAGCAGGCAGUUUUGGCAAACUUGGGCCCACAAGCACUGCUGUAUUCAUACACUCCUCAACUCCGAGACUUAGAUUACCUGGCACGGAAGCGCAUAGACUCAAAAGAGGAACCAGAGGAAGAGCCAUCCACAACACUGGUCGAUUGGGACCCUCAGACGGGCAGGCUGUGUAUACCUUUGUUGUCUAGCUUUGACCAGGACUCAGAGGGCUGUGAGUCUCCUAAGGAUGAUGGACUCACCACAGAGGGCCUUUUGUCUAGACUCUAUGAGGAGCAGGCUCCAGACAGGCCAUCGGAAGAAAAUGAAACCUAUCUCAUGCAAUUUAUGGAGGAAUGGGGGUUAUAUGUACAAAUGGAAAACUAAUGCCAGGCCAUCCUUU